AUGCCUCAAUUAGUACCAUUUUAUUUUAUUAACGAAGUAACUUUUGCUUUUGCUAUAAUUGUAUUACUAACAUACGUAUUUUCUAAAUACGUAUUACCAAGAAUAGUUAGUUUAUUUGUAUCUCGUCUUUUUAUCUCAACAUUAUUAGAUAAAUUUGGAGUAUAA